AUGGGCCAUAUUGUACGGCACGACUGGCAUCAGGUGGAUGACAGCUCGCGAGCCGCUGCACUGCUGAGAGCGCUGGCUGGUGGAAAUGGUCAGCUGGAGGGAGGAGUGGAGAGCGGUGCAAAUGGUGUGCCGAGUGCAGAGCAGCAGGACAGCAUCCAGCGGACCAUGGUCUUUGCCAACGACGUGGAAUCGGUGGACGCCAUUGGCCGGCUCCUCCAGCGCCACCUGUCCUCCUCUGCUGCUGCCACGUCAGCAGUAGUAGCCGAUGACAUGGCGGUAGGAGGAGCCGCUGAUGUGGCAGCAGAAAGGGGUGCUGACGUGGCAUGGUGUGCAGUGUACCACAAGGACGUGCCGCUGGACGAGCGGGAGCGCGCACUGAGAAGGUUCCAGGAAGGAGGGGGUGUGCUGGUGUGCACUGAUGCUGCUUCAAGGGGAAUUGACGUGGAGCAUGUGUCUCACGUGGUGCAGGCCGAGUUCGCCCUCAACGCCCCUGGCAGAGACGGGCAGACCAUGGCAAAGAGCACAUUGCUUCAGAUUCAGAGCUAG